AUGCUGCCUCCCGGUAGAUGGCAGCUCCGCCGGGCGCGGAGGCAGCGCGGAGGAAACGCGGGCGGAUGGAGUAGGGCGGGACGGGGCGCCGCGCCGCGCCCGCUCCCCACGAGUGUCCCCGCUCCCACUGCGGGCGGAGAGGCUUCGCCGCCGCCCCAGGUUGAUGUCGCCAUGCAGCACUAUGGGGUGAACGGAUACUCCCUGCAUGCCAUGAACUCACUGAGCGCCAUGUACAACCUGCACCAGCAGGCAGCCCAGCAAGCACAGCACGCGCCCGACUACCGGCCCUCAGUGCACGCCCUCACCCUGGCAGAGAGACUGGCUGACAUCAUUUUGGAGGCACGUUAUGGAUCCCAGCACCGCAAACAAAGGCGAAGCCGUACGGCCUUCACUGCCCAACAGCUGGAGGCACUGGAGAAGACCUUCCAGAAGACACACUAUCCAGAUGUAGUGAUGAGAGAGCGGCUGGCUAUGUGCACAAAUCUGCCUGAAGCCAGAGUCCAGGUUUGGUUCAAGAACCGAAGGGCCAAAUUCCGGAAGAAGCAGCGUAGCCUGCAGAAGGAGCAGCUGCAGAAGCAGAAGGACUGUGAAGGCAGUCACAGUGAGGGGAAGACAGAACCACCGGUGCUGGAGACCCAGUCCACAAUACCUGACACUGAGAAGACCCAGAGCCUCCCAAGUGAGGUGAGCACGGACCUCAACCUAACCCUGUCAGAGCAGUCAGCCAGUGAGUCGGCGCCCGAGGACCAGACUGACAGAGAGGAGGAGUUUAAGAGCACCUUGGAUGAGGCUAAAGUGGACAAGAGCCAUGGUGUGGACGGCAAGGCUUUGAACUGCAAGAGAGCAAGCCCAAAAGCAGAGUCUCCCAUCAGCGCGACUGUGACUCCUUCAUCCAGCAGUGGCCUGGCUCAAACUCACUCCUACUCCUCCUCACCCCUGAGCCUCUUCCGCCUGCAGGAGCAAUUCCGCCAGCACAUGGCAGCUACCAACAACUUGGUCCAUUACUCCUCCUUCGAAAUGGGGACACCAUCUGCCAUGCCCUACUUGGGCAUGAAUGUCAACAUGGCGCCUCUGAGCUCCCUGCACUGUCAGUCGUACUACCAAUCGCUCUCCCAUGCUCAGCAGGUCUGGUCCUCACCCAUCCUGCAGGCCUCCAGCUCUCUUCCAAGCCUGAACAGUAAAACAACAAGUAUUGAGAACCUAAGGCUCCGGGCAAAGCAGCAUGCAGCAUCCCUUGGGCUUGAUACCCUACCCAACUGA